GAAGUGCGAGCGUCAAUGUGGGGUGCGUCUCUUGCUGUCUCUUGUCUCUUGCGUCUCUUGCUUUAGUAAAAAGUAGGUCUCUGUACCGAAAUUUCAUCAUCUCGAGCUUUGGUUUUUCUUCACUGUUCGUCGUCUUCACAUUGUCUCCAGUUGUUAUUUGUCCCCAUUGUCAAACGGGUCCACUUAAAAAUUUCUAUCGAAGCAACAGUCUAAAACGGUUGCAUUUGGCUUAGCAGAAUUCUGUGCUGACGUGUAUUUCUUAAAUCUUUCAUCUAAAACGGAGAUUCCGCUGUUUGAAUGGAGCGCCUAUUGCGUCAUGAGGAAGAGGAACUUCUCUUCAAAGGGAAGAACAUCCAUUGUAGAAAAAAGCCACUUUUCGAAGGGUGGGGCGAUUCGUUGGUGUACAGCGGAUAUUUCAAAAAGGCGGAGGAUUCAAAAGAAGAAAUUGUAGUGAGGAAGAUUAAGAAAAUAGAUUGUCAUGAUAAAUGGAAUGAUAUCUUCAACAAACAUACUCAAGAGAAGGAUUCCAUCAAACACGAAAAUGUCCUCAAAAUUAUUAGCUAUGAAGAAAAAGAGGAAGAAAAGCGAGAAAAGCAAAAAAUAGAUGAAUGGAGAUAUUUUGCUCUGGAACGUUACGACGCCACAUUGGAGCAGUUUUGCAAAGGCUUUUACAAAGGACCGAUGCCAUCUGACGCCCAAGUUCUUUGCCAAAUUGCCAAAGGGCUUUUGUAUCUUCACAAAGUGCGAUGUUCACAUGGAAAUUUGACGCCCCGAACAAUUCUUAUCGAUUCCUCGCAGCCGGUGCGGAUGAUGAUCAAAUUAUCCGAGUUCGGGUUGAGCAAAUUCGGUGCCCAAUGUGAUGAGGAAAUGGGGAAACCACAAGAUCUUUGUCUAAGGAAAUAUUGGAAAUUAGAUGGAAAUACCGACAAUAACCAGACCCCUACACCUAAUCAAGAUAUAUUUCCAGCAGGUUGCAUAUGUUUUUAUUUCCUCAAACGGGGUGUGCAUCCCUUCGGUGACGACUCGUCGUCAAUCUUGGAAAACAUUAAAAAGCGAAAUCCUGUCAACCUGAAAACUAUACAACAAGAAAAAGAAACAUGGGAAUUUGCGUACGAGCCCAUAAAAAACAUGAUUGGAGAUCCACCAACCGACGGCACAAAUUGGUUGAUGAUAGCCGAAGAUCAUUUUAUGAAGGCCCUUCCUCUUAGAUUCGAAAUGAAAAAGGAGAACGAACUCGGCAGGGGGGGAUUCGGAGUCGUGUAUAGAGGAAUGUACGAAGGAAAUGCAGUUGCAGUAAAAGUCCCUUCAGGUGAUGCAAUAAAACCAGAACAGAAACGGGAAAUGGAGGAACAUCUCCGGUUGGACCACGAAAAUGUCCUGAAACUUUUGCACGUCGAUGACUCAGGGGAUAAAACAGGCAGAUGCCUUGUGCUCGAGUUAUGUGCCGGGACGCUGAAAGAUUAUUGCAAUGAUAAUUACAACGGACCGGAAUUGCCGUCAGAUGGCCUAGUUUUAUAUCAAAUCACCAAUGGAUUGAACUACAUUCACUCCCAAGGUUUAGUCCAUCGCGACGUCAAACCGGACAACAUCCUCAUCUCAAUGACGACACCCAUUCAAAUAAAAUUGUCCGAUUUUGGAUUUGUCAAGAAAACAAGUCCUCAGGGGUCAUAUACGCAAAGUGUAUUGAAAGGAACUUUAAAGUGGAUGGCGCCCGAAAUUUUGGAGCAUUGGAUGAACAAUACAAGCCCAAAUGACCUUCCGCGUGGAACAAUCCAAAGCGACACAUUCGCUGCCGGCUGCGUCUUUUUCUUCUUCCUGACUCGCGGUAGACAUCCGUUUGACGAACCUACUAUGAAUGUGAUAGAUGAUCCGAAGAAGCAUCCGAAUAAGCAAAUUAGUAACAACGUCUUAAAUAACAAGCCAAAAGCGCUUAUUAUCGAACAGAAACAAAAUUUGCAAGGCGAUGAUCGUGCCCUAUACGAACUGAUUGGAAAAAUGAUAGAGCCGAAAGAGCAAAGAAUCUCAUUGCCCGACGUUAUCAAACAAUUGACAGCAAAAUUAUAUGAAUCACGACAAUUUAAGAAAUAUGAGAGGUUAAUAUCGGAAAGGGGCCAUUCCAUUACCCGUUUCCACCCGACCGAACUAGUUCUCGCUUGCGGCUUUAAUGCUAAAGUGAUUUUCUUAUCUGCGGAUAAUUCGUCCAUUCCUUUUUCAAAUUGGAAGGAAAAGGAAACUCAACUUCAACCUGAGCAUUUCGAAAGAUAUAAAACAAUAGAAUGGAAUGUGGACGGGACCCAAUUGGCUGCCAACUUCAAACAAGAUGGCAUCGUUUGUUGGAGUUAUCCAAGUGGCGAAAUUCUCUUUAAAAAAAAAUUAGACGAACGGAUGGAUCAAAUCGAGUGGAAUCCCUUCAGGCCAAACGUUUUCGCUACUUUUGAAAUCGGAGAAUUCGGAUAUGUAGAAGUUUCUUUCUUCAAUUCCUGCCCUGUCGACCAACGGUCAUUUCAUUUCUGCACAAUUGAAUAUGAGGAUCCGAUCUUGAGUUUCGAGUGGAUCUCUGAGAAUCGUGUCGCUAUCGGCUUAAACGAAGGCAUUGAAAUUUGGGAAAUUGACGAAUCGACGAAUUUCGCCAAAAAACUCGAUAAACGAUUAUUCCAACAUGAACGCGUGAAGGGUGCGGUAUUCGACAUGGCCUGGGACGAACGGACGAAAUGUUUGGCCGCUUGUUCAGACAACGGAUGGAUGACGAUUUGGUCAAUGGACAGAGACCAACCCAUUCACGCCACAAAGGUCGAUGGCCGAUGUUAUAGGUUGGCUUGGCGUCCAAACGGGAAACAAUCGGACGACGAGGGAGUGGACGCGGCAAAGAAAUCGGCCGACAAUUUCAAUUUUGCUUGUGGAUUGGGCAACGGGGGGAUUGUCAUUUGGACUCGGCUGGAUUCUAUGGAAAAGACGAGAAUUCUAAGUCAACAUUCGAAUAUGGUAAAUUGGCUGUCGUUUUCACCCGACGGGCGGUUUCUCGCAUCAGCGGACUCGCGUAGGAAAUUCAUCAUCUGGGCAACUGAGAAUUGGCAACCCGUUUACAUCAACGUUGAAGAAUAUGAAAGAUGGGACUAUCGUUUGUCGUGGUUGUCUUCUUCGUCUACGGAUGUCCCUGACUGCAAAUUAACAUUCCCCUCAUUCGGUGGCAAGGUAAGUGUCGUAGAAUACGCCGUCGCCCAGAAUGAAAUUGCAAGAGAAGACAGUAGGAGCUCCCAUCUCACAGAUUUUCAAGGAAUUACAAAAAUUCGCGGCGAAUGGUCAAUCGGAUCCAGUGGUGACUUGAAAUAAACGACGCAAUGAGUUGAAUAUGCAUUCUCCGUCGUCAACGAAUAUAUGUGCCAACGUGCGACCCUGCAAGUAUCGGUCCAGCGGAGAUACAUUUUCGUGAAAAAACCCUUCCCACAAGAAAAUUUUUAAUUACUUAUUUUUAGCCAUAUUAAAUAUCAAAUUUUUCAUAUGCUACAGCAAAAGAUGACGACGGGGCAAAUUUCUAGUUUUUUUUUUAGAUUUUUACUCCAUUCAGUAGUUUGGUGAAAAAACUUGGAAAAAACGGCUUUUUGAAAUUGCUUUUUGGCUUUUUACUCCUUUGUUUCGCCGUCAAAAUCACGAAAAGUGGCACUUGGCAACGUUUCAAAGAUUAAAGUUACAUUUAGAUCCAUUUGUUACGCUUUUCAUUUACCGCAUUACCUUGUUCAACCCGUUGUUCCAAACCACCAAACAAUUUUUGGUAUCUUGCCUUAAUCUUUAGGUUUGGCUGGUGCUGAUUUGUAAAUGACGAAAUAAAAUCUUAUGCGGCUAUUUCGGAUGGAGUUUGAAAUGAAACACGAACGAGCUGGCAACUGACAAUUUCCUAUACAUUGAAUGGAAAAUGGCGCAAAUGAUACAAACGAGAUGACGAGGGGGAACAAAAUGCAGAGGAAUUUUUCUGUUAAUUUGUCUCAUUAAUAUUUUUACUGGGAUUUUACUGACCAUGAGAGGGGGGAGGACACACAAAUAUCGUAACCAAACAAAAGGAAAAACCAAAUGAGAAAUUUGGUUUUUUGACAACCGUUAAAAAAUCGUGUGGGGACACUAGAUGAGGCGAACGAUAAUGGCAAUUAAAUUAUUGAAUCAUAAAAGAAGAGAUUUCUAUUUCUGGGGGUGGGGUGGGAUAAAAGGGAGAUGAGACAUUGAAAUAUUGGAAAAAUGCAUAGUCGGGCAACAAUCGAAAGAGAAGAAGAUUUUUGAAGAGACAACGGCGACUAGAAAUCGUGAAAUGUUUGUUAUACUUUGAGUCUCUGCACGCAACUGAAAUAUUCUCAACUGGGACGAGGGG